ACGGGGAAUGAGAGUCUGAUCCUCCGCCACCACAUCACUCUGCCCCGCCGUGCGCUGUAGGCCAUUCCGCCAGCGAGCCUCAAGGAUCUCCAGCAACACAUCGCAUCUGAAAACAUUCAGGAUGUCCCGAGAGCAGAUAGCGGUGGCCCGCGCCAGGAAAGCCUUCCAAACCGGCAGAUCCAAGCCUUUAGAGCACCGGAUCCGCCAGCUGAAGAACCUGCAGCGAUUAUUUGUUGAGAGGCAGACAGAGAUAUCAGAUGCCAUCAAAAAAGACCUCAAUAAAAGUGAGGUGGGGACCCAGCUGUAUGAGACCCUGGGCCUGGAGGGGGAGAUCACUCUGGCCAUCAAGAAGCUGAAGGAGUGGGCUGCCCCCCGACCCGUGGAGAAGAACCUGCUCACCAUCUCAGACACCGUCUACAUCCGACCAGAGCCCCUGGGAGUCGUGCUGAUCAUCGGGGCCUGGAACUACCCCUGGGCUGUCACCAUACAGCCUCUCAUAGGAGCCAUCGCUGCUGGUAACGCUGCCGUGGUGAAGCCCUCAGAGGUCUGUGCUCACACUGCUAAGGUCAUGGAGGAACUGCUCCCACUUUACAUCGACAAGGAGCUUUACCCGGUAGUAACCGGAGGCGUGCCAGAGACGCAGGAGCUGCUGCGCCAGCGGUUCGAUCACAUCUUCUACACCGGUAACAGCACGGUGGGCAAGCUGAUCAUGGAGGCUGCAGCCAAACACCUGACCCCGGUCACCCUGGAGCUGGGCGGCAAGAGCCCCUGCUACAUCGACAAGAACUGUGACAUCAGCGUCGCCUGCAGGCGUGUCGCCUGGGGGAAAUACACUAACUGCGGUCAGACCUGCAUUGCCCCAGACUACAUCCUGUGUGAGCCCAGCAUCCAGGAACGGGUCAUCGCCGAGGUCAAGAAGUCCAUCAAGGAUUUCUACACAGAGAACCCUAAAAGCUGCCCCGACUACGGACGCAUCAUCAAUCAGCGCCACUUCAGGAGGAUAAUGGCCAUGACAGAAGACAGCACCAUCGCUGUAGGAGGAGACAAUGACGAGUCAGAGUGCUACAUAGCCCCGACAGUCCUGCGGGAUGUGAAGCCGGAGGCGAAGGUGAUGCAGGAGGAGAUAUUCGGUCCUCUGCUGCCCAUCCUACCGAUCGGUGGACUGGAUGAAGCGAUCAACUUCAUCAAUGAGAGAGAGAAACCUCUGGCCCUUUACGUCUUCACACCCAGUGACAAGGUAAUAAAGAGAAUGAUAGAUGAGACGUCCAGCGGAGGAGUGCUGGCCAACGACUGCCUCGUGCAUUAUUCUGUCAGCUCUCUGCCCUUCGGUGGAGUUGGAAACAGCGGUAUGGGCUGCUACCAUGGCAAGUUCAGCUUCAACCAGCUGAGCCACCUCCGCAGCUGCCUCAUCAAGAAGCUGAAGAUGGAGGGGGUGAACAGCAUGCGCUACCCGCCUCACACACCCAAGAAACUUGGCUGGGCGCGCUUCUUCAUCCUGAAGAACCCAGACCUGGGCUGGCUGGGCCGCAUGGCACUCCUAACCAUCUUUGCUGUGGUGGCCGCUGUCGUGAUUCAGAACUGUCUCCUGUGAUGACAUCCCAGUACUUCCCAAACAACAAGUCUGUUGUUGCCUUGACCCUCAGGACCCAAGAAGAACAGAAGAGCACAAGAGUGCAGCGUUAACUUUGAUAGACUCCUGCCUAAAUUGCACCAGUAUCGACACAGGGCUUGUGUUUAUGCCUAGGCUGUCAUAGAGUUUAGGUUUGGGCGAAAACCCCACCUGCCUUAUUUUAUUCUGCAUUUCAAUAACAGUUUCAGACGCAUCAGCUGGCUCAACUAGCAACUAAUUUUCCUGAAAGUGAUUUAUUUUUCCGUAUAUAUGGCACUUUGAUUUGUUCUGUACUACUCCUUUAUACCUUAACCUGUGAGAUCAGGUUUGCAUACUUUAAAAAAAAGUUUUAAAUGAACUUUACUAUAUAAACACUGCUGCUAUUUUGCUACAGAUAAUUUUAAAUGAAGUAACAAACAAUUUAAGGAAAGCAAUGACUUGACAAAGUUUGUUGAGGCUACCAUAUGUCACUGUGAGAGGGCCCAAACAUUUCAACAUUCUCUGUGAAAGUGUAUAACAUGCUGAUGGCUAUUAUAUUGUUUUAUACUAAAUGAAGGACUCGAAGGAAGCGUUUACAGUUCGUAAAAUGAGCUAAGUGUCAUUUCUCUUUACACUUGGCAAUUCAGCACUGAAAGUCUACAGUCCGUUUGAGUGCAUUCCAUUUCAUUGAUGAAUGGAUCAAUCGAUGUUUAGCCUUAUGCCACUUUAUAAUUCCUGCCCAAUGAAGGUUUAUUAUUUUUUAGUAUGACCUGCUUGGAGAAACUCUCGAGUUUAUCUGUCAACAACACAUUUGUGCCACAUUUUCGUUUCUCUUUGAACUGACCGCAGCGGCCUUUCACCUGAAGAAGACUGUUGGAAGAACUUUUCAUCUUUAUUUCACUCUCCCCAAUAUUUCCCAACACCAAACAAAUUAAAAUAACCUUGUGAAUUGUGUCUUAAUUUGACUUUAAACAUUUCAAUGUUUUAGUUUUUGUUUUAGUUUAUCACUAUAUUGAAAUUGAAAUGAACUUGUAAUAUUUCAGUAAAUAUAUUUCUAUAUCUAAUUA